UUUCUGGAAAAAAACAACACAAAGCUCACUGAGUUUGUUCUUUUGGGAUUAGUGGAGAAUCCAAAAAUGAAGCAGUUGUGCUUUGUUAUUGUGUUAAUUAUGUAUUUAUUUACCCUAAUGGGAAAUCUUGGGAUGAUCGUGUUAAUCUGGAUCGAACCUCAGCUCCAGAAACCCAUGUAUUUCUUCCUCAGCCACUUGUCUUUCUUAGAUUUUGGAUAUGCUACAGCCGUCGCCCCUAAAAUGCUGGAGAAUUUUUUAGCAGAGAAGAAAACCAUUUCUUAUAUAGAUUGUGCUGCACAAAUGUAUUUCUUUGUCUUCUGUACAAGUACAGAGUGCAUACUCCUGGCUGCAAUGGCAAAUGACCGGUAUGAAGCUAUCUGCAAUCCUCUUAUGUAUAUGGUCAAGAUGUCUCGAAAAAAGUGUAUCCUGAUGGUUGUUGGAUCAUAUACCAUUGGCUUUCUGAAUGCAAUGGCACAAACAAUUUCCACCUUUACUUUAUCUUUUUGUAACUCUAAUAUUAUCAACCAUUUCUUCUGUGAUGUUCCCCCUUUGUUAGCCCUUUCCUGUACUGAUACACGCCUCAACCAAAUGGUACUCUUUGUAUUUGCUACAGUUCUGAGCAUAUUCACUUCAGUGGAAGUUUUGGUGUCAUAUAUGUUGAUCUUGUCAGCCAUCUUGCAAAUCCGCUCUAUUGAGGGAAAGCAAAAGGCCUUUUCAACAUGUGCCUCACACUUGACAGCUAUAACUAUUUUCUAUGGAACAACAGCCUUUAUGUACCUACGUCUAAAUUCUAGCUACUCCCUGGACCAGGACAAGUGGGCCUCUGUGUUUUACACUGUGGUGAUCCCUGUACUGAACCCCCUUAUCUACAGUUUGAGGAACAAGGAAGUGAAAAAUGCUUUGCAAAGGAUUCAAACACUAGUAAUAGCUUUCUUAAGGGCCUCCGCUGUGAAGGUGCAGGAAGCUGCAGCUCAAACGACCGCCAAAGUCCCCUUGAAGCCGGAGGGGAAGGGUUCCAAGGGCCCUGAUUGGUCCAUCACAUCUGUUACCUGUGUUGAGUUCACUGGAUAG